AUGUCUGCUCCCGCCCACAAGUUCAAGGUCGCCGACCUUUCCCUCGCCGCCUUCGGCCGCAAGGAGAUCGAGCUCGCUGAGAACGAGAUGCCCGGUCUUAUGGCUACUCGCAAGAAGUAUGCCGCUGACCAGCCCCUCAAGGGCGCCCGCAUUGCUGGCUGCCUUCACAUGACCAUCCAGACCGCCGUCCUCAUCGAGACCCUCACUGCUCUUGGUGCCGAGGUCACCUGGACUUCUUGCAACAUCUUCUCCACCCAGGACCACGCCGCCGCUGCCAUCGCCGCUGCCGGUGUCCCUGUCUUCGCCUGGAAGGGUGAGACCGAGGAGGAGUACCAGUGGUGCUUGGAGCAGCAGCUCGUUGCCUUCAAGGACAACAAGAAGCUCAACCUCAUCCUCGACGAUGGUGGUGACCUUACCCACCUCGUCCACACCAAGUACCCCGAUAUGCUCGAGGACUGCUUCGGUGUCUCGGAGGAGACCACCACCGGUGUCCACCACCUUUACCGCAUGCUCAAGGAGGGCAAGCUCCUUGUCCCCGCCAUCAACGUCAACGACUCCGUCACCAAGUCCAAGUUCGACAACCUCUACGGCUGCCGUGAGUCCCUCGUCGACGGUAUCAAGCGCGCCACCGAUGUCAUGAUUGCUGGCAAGAUUGCUGUCGUCGCCGGUUUCGGUGAUGUCGGCAAGGGCUGCGCCAUGGCCCUCUCCGGCAUGGGUGCCCGCGUCAUCGUCACUGAGGUCGAUCCCAUCAACGCCCUCCAGGCUGCCAUGGCCGGUUACCAGGUCACCACCAUGGAGAAGGCUGCUCCUCUUGGUCAGAUCUUCGUCACCACCACCGGCUGCCGUGACAUUCUCGUCGGCAAGCACUUCGAGGCCAUGCCCAACGAUGCCAUCGUCUGCAACAUUGGUCACUUCGAUGUCGAGAUCGACGUCGCGUGGCUCAAGGCCAACGCUGCUUCCGUCCAGAACAUCAAGCCCCAGGUUGACCGCUUCCUCAUGAAGAACGGCCGCCACAUCAUCCUCCUUGCUGAGGGUCGCCUUGUCAACCUUGGCUGCGCCACUGGCCACUCUUCUUUCGUCAUGUCCUGCUCUUUCACCAACCAGGUCCUUGCCCAGAUCAUGUUGUUCAAGGCCAACGAUGCUGAGUUCGCCGCCAAGUACGUCGAGUACGGCAAGUCCGGCAAGCUCGAGAAGAAGGUCUACGUCCUUCCCAAGAUCCUCGACGAGGAGGUCGCCCGUCUCCACCUCGACCACUGCAACGUCGAGCUUACCCAGCUCACUGACGUCCAGGCUGAGUACCUCGGCCUCGCCUCUGAGGGUCCCUACAAGAGCGACCACUACCGCUACUAA